GUUCUGCCCGUAGCUUCCAUCUGCGGGUUACACUUGCACACCUUAGCCUCUGGACGGAUAUGAGAGAAGGACCACGACGUGACUCACAAGGGGAACUGUACGCGCCGUUCUGAUACGGGCCGUAUGCAGUGUCAUCGUAGCGAGCAUGCGAUCCAGUGGACCCAGCACUCGCACGACCGCCGUAGGAGUGCGCGCCUCCGCGGUCGUGGCCACCGCGACCGGGCCCGCCGCGGCCUCUGCCUCUGCCUCGACCGCGGUCGGGCGCCCCGUUUCUGGUCCAUUCACGAUCGUCUUGUGUGAGAACCUUAGGAGGAGGCCUAACACCUUUGAGGAGAACGCUCUUGUGAGGCGUCGUUUGUUCGGGGAAGCUGUAGAUUGCAGAAAUCGAUCUGUCGCUGCUGAUGUCUACUUCCCCCACCCGCUCCAAAGGCGAGCUAAAAGUCGACCCUGGCACACACUGAGGGUCCGCCAUGACCAGGCCCGACAGCUUUUGGGAUUGGGCCGGGUCUAGAGGAACAGGAUCUUUGCUUUUCCGUUUGGCAUAAAGGCUACACAGCGCAUCGUAGAGCGAGUGUUCAUCCGAGACGAAGAGCGAGUUGUUUCCGAACGCAUUUCGGCGGACUUCGUCUGGGGUCAGUCUAGGAUACAGACGAUCUAGCGCUGUGAGUAGCCUUUUCUCGUCAAUGAACGGCAGAAUUG